GCAAAUGAUAAAGUUAAACAACUAAUGACAUCUCGUGAACAGAACUGCAUGGUUGCUCUAAAAGUCAUAAAAAGUGACAAACCAUCGGACUUUCUGAAUGAGUUUAAAGCUCAUUAUGAAUGUCAGCUUAGAAGCAAGAUAGUAGUAGUCUCACAAAAUAUUGAAGGUAGAAAUAAACUAUGUGUAGAGCCAAAGAUUGCGGAUUUAGGUUUUGCCAGAAAAAUAAAUGAUGCAACAGGAAAUACAGGAAUAUUUGAAUUAAAUGAAACUCAACUUAAAAUAAAAAAAGGAUUUUUAAAAGCGGAUAAAUAUACUCCACCAACAUUACAAGAUUUAGACGUUUUGCGGAGUAACGAUUUUACGGAUUCUGAAGAACUUAUUAUCAAUAAUGAUUUUGAAGAACAUAAAUUUAUUAUUAAUAAAGAUUCUAAAGAUUCUGAAGAGCAUAAAUUUAUUAUCAAUAAUGAUUUUAAAGAUUCUGAAGAGUAUAAAUUUAUUAUCAAUAAUGAUUUUAAAGAUUCUGAAGAGCGUAAAUUUACUAUCUAUAAUGAUUUUGAAGAUUCUGAAGAGCAUAAACUAAUCAAAAAUGAAUCCGAAGAGACAAAUCAAAUAAUUCCUCAUAUACCUGUCAAUUUAGUCAAUAAAACUGCAAAUCAG